AUGGCAGGUGGCAGUCAAGGAGCCAGGUGGGUAGUGGUAUACAAGAAUGGGGAUCCCUUCUUUCCAGGCCGCCAGUUGCUGGUGACUCCUCGCCGCUUCCCCACCCUGGAGAGCUUCCUCUGUGAGGUGACAUCAGUUGUGCAGGCCCCACUGGCUGUGCGUGCACUCUACACACUCUGUCAUGGCCACCGGGUCACUGACAUGGCAGAGCUGCAGAACGGAGGGCAGUAUGUGGCUGCUGGCUUUGAAAGAUUCUGCAAACUCCACUAUUUACCCCCUGGGGGGAAGGAUCCAGGCAGGAAGAGCAGCAGAUGGCCAGGUCCUCCCAUGACUCACCACGUGUGUGAAGGGGCCCUUGGACGGUGGCUGCCUGCAGGUGUCCCCUGCUAUAUCCAUGUGUUCAGGAAUGGAGACCUGUUAAGUCCCCCAUUUAGCCUGAAGCUGUCCCAGGCUGCCAGGCAGGACUGGGAAACGGUGCUGAAGCUCCUGACAGAGAAGGCCAAGUUGCAGACUGGGGCUGUGUGCAAACUCUGCACCCUAGAGGGGCUCCCAAUGUUGGCAGGGGAGUCUCUGGUGAAUGGUCAUUACUAUGUGGCUGUCGGAGAGGAUGAGUUCAAGGCCCUCCCCUACCUUGAACUGCUAGUGCCUGGCCCCUCCCUGCCCAGGGGCUGCUGGCAUCCCCCUGACCAGAAGUCAAAGCCCCAGAAACAACGGGUCCAUGGUCACAGGGCACAAGCAACCCAGCCCACUCCAAAGAAGCCAGGCCAAGUUGAGCCAUCAGCUUUCUAUGCCAGACCCCAGAAGGCCAUUCAGCCAAGAAGUAAACUCCCACUUCUCUCAUCUUCAUCAGGAGUCAAAGGAGUAUACGGGGCUCUCCACCCAAGGAGCGAAACAGAAGGGGCCCAGAAAGUAGAUGAUGAUGAAGAUACCCAGACAGAGGAACCUGUGGAUCAGAGGGCAGCAGAGAUGGUGAGAGAAGACUUGUUUCUGGGAGAUAACCAGCCUGGGGCUGGGACAUUUAUCUCCACCAUAGCCUCUUCUCUGCCAUCUUAA